AAAAUUUACUCUCGCUGGUUGUUCGUCUUCCUAUUCUAGUGCCUGGUCCUGGUCACUAUGGCGCACCGCAUACAAGUGCGAUGUGACGACUAUGACGUCAUUGGUGCGGUACCACGUGACCUAUCCAUAAUAAAAAACUUUCUAAAGCGGGAUUGCGCCGUAAAGCGCCUAAUCGACAUGGAAGAAGAUUUUCUGCAGCAGUGCGUGGAGCGUGGCGAGGAUCCCAUGAAGCCCCAGCAGAAGAAAGAUGGGAAACGUGGCAGUGCCGCAGACACUGUCAAGGAUGGGGUGGCAAAGCAACCAGUUGAUCCAUGCGCCAGCACCAGUCCAGCCGGCACAAAUGCACAAAGUAUGUGUGAUCCUUGUAGACGCCUCAAGACAUCAGUAUUAGUGGAGGAGCUCACCAAGCCUGCCACCACCAACCCGGUCUACAACCAGGGACCGCCGCCCUAUUUUGACGAGGAAACCGUGUUGGGCAACACGUUACCCAUUAAGUUUCGUUUUCGCCGAAAGGCCAACAAAUGCGACUUUGAGAAGACUUCAAACCUAAUGUGUACAUCUACGGAAAAUACAAACGUCGUCGUCUUGACGAACUGUUCUGACAUUAUGGUUUGGCCUAGCCAACGAGUGGCUCAGAUGAAUCGGGUCCCUGUGACUAUGAUAUCGGGACCAGGCGAUCUAACCGAAUAUAUGCUGGAGGAGGAAACCAUAAUGUAGACGCAUGGGUCGCAUUUUUAUAUUAUUGGAAGGUAGAACAAGAAUAAAGAGUUUACAAAUAAAUGGGUAGACCACAGUAAAA